AUGCUAUUUUGUGACCGAAGCCAGCUAGGGAAACGGUUCUUCCGACCCUGCUUCCCCUCCUCCAAGAGCAGGCUCCUUGGCCGCGGUAUCCGCCAACUCCUUCCCCGGAAUACCCGCAUGCGCAGGAACCUAUCGGAUUAUAACUUGGUGGUUGUCCGGUGGAUUGAAGGUUGUGGGCGUUUCGGUUCGGAGGGCUUGGAUGUGGGUAUAAAUUGUGCGGAUGAUGAACUGUCUGGAGGAGUGCUUGGGAUUCUGUACUGCUUGGAUCGUAGCGCGGCUGUUAGUGAAGAUGACCAAUUCUUGACAAUGUUCCUAGGAUUUGAACUUAUUGAGGGCCAACUUAACACCAAUAACAUGGUUAGGGCUUGGGUGGUUUCAAGUGGUGCCUGCGCGGCGGUAGCAGGGCUUUCCGGGUUCGUUAUUUGA